CUUUGCCAAUAAUCUAGAUUCUUGUUUCUUCGACACCUGUUUCUAAAUUUGAUUCUCUCAUUUUUCUUCUUGUUUUCUCCUUCGAUUCUACCUGAAACCCAAGUUUCAGAUCCACCUGGUCUCGAGGAAAGUUCUACAAGAAAAUAUCUUUACUUGCCAGCUGAACCUGAUGUUUUGGGUAAUAUCUAUCUGGUUGACAGUAUUACACUAGCAAAAUAGUUCUUUGUUCCAAUUCUUGAAGAUGGACAGGGCAGAUACCUCUGGCUUUGUUAGUGGCGGAAGUUUAUUAUCUCUCAAGUUAUUCCAAUAAAUGCUUAUAGCUACAAGUUUGAUGUGCUAAGUCAUAGCUUUUUGGGAGUUCUCUUUCAAUCUAAAUCCUUUUGAUCUUCAUAUGAAUUUGAACGACGGUGUGGCUCAUCUCUCUUAUGCCACCGGCAUCAAUAAUCACGACAAUAUGGGUGACACUGCUCUUAGCCUGAAGUGCCUGUCUGACUCUCAAAACCAUUUUUGUUGUUCUGAUGUUUCUAAUUGCACUGAUGAUGGCUGCCGCUUGGUCCUUGGAUUAGGUCCAACAUCAGCUUCAUACUAUUUCAGCAACAAAGAAUAUGGUUCUGGAUUCACUCAAGAACUCGCAGCACCAGGUGAUUCAGUUCUGCAGCUUGGUCUUCCAGCUGUAAGCAUAGACACUCUCAGCGGACCGGAUUGUUCAUUUUCGACAUAUGCAGAUAUCAAUAACAGUAGACAAUGUGUGGUUCCUGUUGUAGAUGAGUGUUCUACUUCUGCAAAGAGAUCAGGUGGUUACAUGCCAUCACUUCUGUUAGAUCCAAGGUCGGAAAAUGACAGAAGUCCUUCAAAGAUCCAAGAACUUGACCAUUUUGGAACCGGCGUGCGUUAUGAUAAUUCACAAGUGAGCCUAGAGUCAUCACAAUACACAACGUUCUCUGUACAGCAGAGGACUUACAACCCGAGGAAGUGCAAAUUUAUGGGAUGUGUGAAGGUAGCUCGAGGAGCGUCAGGGCUCUGCAUCUGCCAUGGAGGAGGACAGAGAUGCCAAAAGCCAGGCUGCAACAAAGGUGCAGAGAGUAAAACCACUUUCUGCAAAACACAUGGUGGAGGGAAGAGAUGUGAACACUUGGGAUGCACGAAGAGCGCUGAAGGGAAAACAGAUUUCUGCAUAUCUCAUGGUGGUGGAAGACGCUGUGAGUUCAAUGAAGGAUGUGACAAAGCAGCUCGUGGAAAAUCUGGCCUCUGCAUCAAACACGGUGGUGGCAAAAGAUGUAACAUCGAAAGCUGUACAAGAAGUGCUGAAGGACAAGUUGGUCUUUGUAUAUCCCAUGGUGGUGGGAAACGUUGUCAGUUUUUCUCAGGUUGUAAUAAAGGAGCUCAAGGAAGUACUAACUACUGCAAAGCUCAUGGAGGUGGAAAACGCUGUAUAUUUUCAGGGUGUAGCAAAGGAGCAGAAGGGAGUACUCCUCUGUGUAAAGCACACGGUGGUGGGAAACGCUGUCUCUCUGAUGGAGGUGGGAUUUGCUCUAAAAGCGUACAUGGUGGGACUAACUUCUGUGUUGCUCAUGGUGGUGGGAAAAGAUGUGCAGUGGCUGAGUGUACCAAGAGUGCGCGUGGUCGAACGGACUGUUGUGUCAAGCACGGUGGUGGGAAACGGUGUAUGAUUGAUGAGUGUGAGAAGAGUGCUCAAGGUAGUACUGAUUUCUGCAAAGCUCAUGGUGGUGGCAAACGAUGUUCUUGGGGAGAUGGGAAAUGCGAGAAGUUCGCUAGAGGGAAGAGCGGUUUCUGCGCUAAGCAUAAUAGUGUUAUGUCUCGGGAGAAAGAAGAAGAUGGAAGUAAGAGCGGUUUGAUUGGACCUGGACUCUUUCGUGGCCUUGCUGUUGGCUCUGCCUCUGAUCAGUCUCAGUCUGGAGUUAGCGCCGUCUCUGAGUGUACUGAUUCUGUUGAUGGAGUACGGUUUGAGAAGAGGCAGAAGAAGGAGAUGAUGAUACCGAUGCAGGUUCUUGUACCUUCGUCAAUGAAAUCUCCAAGUAAUUCACAUGAAGGAGAAACAAACAUCUUUGACUUUAUGAUUCCGGAGGAGAGAGUUCACGGCGGCGGGCUAGUGAUGUCUUUACUUGGUGGCAACCUGAAACAUCCCUCCAUUGAUGGAAUCUGAAAGACUUAUGUUUUGGUAAGUAUCACCUUUUCAGCACAAACCUUUGUAAAGCUGUAAAUGUGUUUAGAAACUGUGGGGAUCGAUCAUUUGUACAUUUCAUGGGAUGUUUUGGUUUUUUGUUCGUAACCGGUUAUGUUGCCCUUUGUUUGUUAUCUAAACCGAUGACUCAGAACACAAGUCUUGUUUCUAGAUUAUUUGUUGGACAUUAUGUAAACUGGAGCUUCCUGGAU